GACGGUAUAUUGGUGGGCUGAGCAAGUUUGAGUUCUUUGACAGGCAAGCUCCAUCCGGCGCCGAGGUACCGAUUAGUGAUUCAAUAGUUAGCCAUGGCGGCCACAGGAGGAGGGAAAAUUAGAUCAAGAAGAUAUCAUAUCGCUUCAAAACCGUAUGCUAAAGGAAAACAGGCAGGGAUCAUCAGCAGGGUGACGGACACAGUGAAGAGCAUCGUUCCCUCUUGGCUUCAGAAGUACUUCAGGAACGGAGAGGUGGCAGAGGACGGAGCUGCCACGCGACUCGCCCCAGAGCUCGACAGCCAGGAUCCGCCCCCUAACGGGCACGAGGAGGGUGCCCCUCUGCCAGACGGCCGCGACUCACCUGAGCCCAGCACCAGUAACACAGAACCUUCUACAAGCCGUGCGUCGCUGAACUUCCAGGAUGUUCUGUCACGGCCCCCCCUCAACCGCUCCCACCUACACUUUGCUUCGCUGGACGGCUCCCCAGCGCUGGCUGGCCGCUCCAGCUCACUGUUCCCCCAGCCCUCCACCUCCACCGCCGCCCCCUUUGGGAGCCCCUUUGGGGGCCCCUUCGCGGGGGCCUCCACCUCCAACUUCUCCCUGGUGAAGGAGAUCAAGGACUCCAUCUCGCAGCACGAGGAUGACAACAUCUCCACCACUAGUGGCUUCUCAUCACGCGCCUCUGACAAAGACGUGCCCACCUCAAAGCCUGCCCCGUUGCUUUGGUCCCCAGAGACGGACCGCACGCACUCGGGCACGCAGCCUGCCCAGGCUGGCCUCAAGAAGCCCGCCUUUAACCUGUCGGUGUUUGGCACCUCUGGUCUGUCUACUACAAUGAACAGCUCCGUGCUGAACUCCAGUCACCUUGGCGACUCGCCCUUCUACCCUGGCAAAACCACCUAUGGAGGCGCCGCCGCCAACCGCAGUGCCCGCUCUCGCCCAAGCACCCCAUAUCAGGUCCCCGUGAGGAGAAUGAUAAAGGCAAAGCCAGCUGGCACUCAGCCCUGCGGGGUGACCAGCGCCACAGCCCGCCGCAUCCUGCAGUCCUUGGAGCGAAUGUCCAGCCCUCUGGCCGAUGCAAAAAGAAUCCCCUCAACCAUAUCGUCACCUUUGUCAAGGUCACUGGAUCGCACAGACUUAGACGCUUCACCCUUCCAGAUUAAGAAGAAAAAGAUGGACCCGUUGUUGCCGCCGGUGCAGAAGCUGGUGGUGCCGUCAGCUGCCUCCGUCUCUGGGAAUCGUUCCAUGGCCUUCCGUCCCUCUCUCACACCUGGCGGUGUCAAUCGGACAUUGGAGAGAACGGCAGCGAGGGACACGCCUGUGCGAAGAUCUCCAUUAAUACCGGAACCUACACCAACCACGUCUCAAAGCACAACCUCUCUGGCCUACCCCCUGUCCAGUACCCCAGCGGUCAGCGCUGCUGGCUCCGGAGGAGGCAAGAUGAAGCGGGAGAGAAGCAUCAGGCCCUCCAACAAACACCCUGAGGAUGAGGUAGCAGAGGUCCCUGACCUGCCUGCCAUCUCCCUCCCCAUCAGCUCACGGGCACUGCCCUCUUUCAGUUUCUCCUCCCCAUCCACCACCUCCACACCAACGUCUGCCCCUGCCAAAACUACCCCUACCCCUGCCCCUGCCAAAACUACCCCUGCCCCUGCCAAGACAGUCACCAGCAAGGAUCCUCCACCGGCCUCCUCACCCCCUUCUCUGCCCUUCACUUUCGCUUCCCCUAUUGUCAUGGCAACAGCUGCCAGCCCUCCAUCAUUCUCUCCAUCUUCUGGUUUCACCUUCAGCGCGCCGGUCAUGAAGACCAGCCCCUCCGUGUCUAAUGACACUGCUGCCGCUUCUCCCAUCGCCCGCUCAGUUAAGAGCACGGCAAAUGCUGAGACCAAAGAGGAGUUUGAGGGCCCCUUCAAACCAGCCAAGACCCUUAAGCAGGGCAGUGUGCUGGAUCUCCUGAAGGCUCCAGGUUUCUCUUCCAGCCCCCCCACUUCAACUCCCUCCUCUCAGCCCGCCCCCACCCUCCCCCUCUCCGGCUUUGGGGACAAGUUCAAGCCUGCAGCAGGCUCCUGGGCCUGUGACUCCUGCCUCCUUCAGAACUCUGCAGCGGACACCAAAUGUGUAGCGUGCCAGACCACCAAACCCCAGACAAACUCUUCCUCGUCUUCAUCCUCCUCCUCUAAAUUAGACAGUAAACCCCCCGCAGUUUCUAUGGCGGCCUCCAGUGGAGGUCUGGCGGCGCUGUUUGCCCCUCCAGCGGGCUCGUGGGACUGCGACACCUGCCUUGUUCAGAACAAGCCGGAUGCCCUGAAGUGUGUGGCCUGCGAAACCGCCAAGCCUGGCUCCGGCAUUAAGCCUGGUCUGACCCUGCCGGCUUUUUCAGCAGCCUCCUCCACAUCCACCGCUGCUACUGCUGCUGCGACCACAACCUCAUCCUCCACCUCUGCUGGACUGUUGGGAUUUGGGGACAAGUUUAAAAAGCCAGAGGGCUCGUGGGAUUGCGACACGUGCAUGGUGCAGAACAAAGGGCCGGACACCAAGUGCGUGGCCUGUCUGAGUCCAAAACCAGGAGCAUCUGGAGCAGCGCCCGCCUCCUUGCCCCCUCUGUCCUCCUCCAGUGGCUCUGCAGCGCCCUCUCUUGGCUUUGGGGAUAAGUUCAAGAAGCCAGCAGGCAGCUGGGAAUGUGACGUGUGCUGUGUGCAGAACAAAGGAGAAGACGUACAGUGUGUGGCCUGCCAGACCAACAAGCCUGGAGCCAAAAUCGAGUCUAAAGCCGCACUCGGUUCUGCGACGUUCACCGAUUCCAGCUCCGGGGGAUUUAAAUUCGGCUCCAGCGGUACCUCUGCCACCUCGGAUGGCAUUAAAUUUGCCGGAACCUUCUCGGACUCCUCUAGCGCCCCUAGUGGUGGUGGCUUCAAGUUCGGCGGUGCACCCUCAGACUCCACCGGGGGCUUCAAGUUCGGGGGUGCCUCAGACUCAUCCUCAGGAGGUUUUAAAUUUGGCAACUCCACAACCUCUGAGGUGUCCUCUACCGCCAGUGGCACUUCGUCAGGGGGCUUCACAUUUGACUUAACCUCCUCAUCCUCUUCCACCACUGAAGACUCUAAGAAGGCGGACGCUCCAAGCUUAGGCAAUGGGUUUAAGUUCGGCGGCAGCACCAUAACGUUUGGCACAGCAAGCACAGCACCUGCCGCCGAAGCCAGCGCCGCACCCGUCUCUGCUCCUGCGGUCGACCCCUCGGCCACAGGCUUCUCUUUUGGCCUCUCUAAACCAGAAGACAAACUCAGUGCUGCCCCCAGCCCCACCUUUAGUUUCUCCACCCCUCAGGACGCCCCGGCCAUCUCCAACUCCGUCACCUCGGCCUCUUCAACCUCGCUCCCCAUCUUUGGGACGCUCGCCGGGGCCGAGCUGACCACCUCUACUCCAUCCUUGCUCCCCGCUGCCACGAAGUUCGGCGAGUCUGUGAGCAAGGAGCCGGCGUUGUCUGGGCCCGUCUUCUCUUUUGGGAACCCCGAGGAGAAGGAGGCGUCCUCCACCUCUACUACGACCGCCGGAUUCCUCUUCGGUGCUGCGAAGGAGGCGGAGAAGGCGCCCAUCACCACUGCUGCUCCCUCUGGCGGCUUCUCCUUCGGCAAGCCUGAAGCGGCUGCGGAGCCCAAACCUAUUUUUGCCUUCGGGAAACCUGCGGAGAAGAGCGAGGUGGACGCCCCCAAACCCGCGUUCUCAUUCGGCCAGACUAGCACAGAUUCAUCAGCUGCAAAGCCAGCCUUUGGCUUCAUGGCUGCAGCGACCUCCAGCACACCCUCCUCCACACCCCCUCCACACCCCAGCCUGUUUGGUGCCGUGGCCAGCUCCACCACUACCCUGGCCCCGUCCCCUGUUCCUGCCCCCGUCCCUGCCCCCACCAGCACCUUCAUGUUUGGCCAGAGCACCGCCACCACGGAUGCCCCUCCAGCGAAGGCCUUCCUUUUCGGACAGCAGACGCAAGAGACCCCAGCCGCGCCUUCGGCCACCCCGGCCCAACCCUUCAUGUUCAACUCGGCAGGCAACACGGCCGCUCCCUCUUUCGCCUUCGGAGCGACGUCUUCAUCUACAGCAGCUCCUGCAGCCCCCCCGCCUUUUGCGUUUAGCCCCGCCUCCUCCACCACUGGCUUUGGCUCCACGCAGUCCUCCAUGUUUGGUCAAAAUGCGUCGCAGCCGAUUGCUCCGGCAUUCGGUUCAGCCGCCCCCUCCUUUUCCGCUGGAUCCCAGGCACCAGCGUUUGGCGCCAAACCCACUGCAGCACCCGUGUUCGGCCAGCCGGCCAAUGCCACACCGGCGUUCGGCUCCUCCAAUGCAUCCACAGGACAAGGUGGAGGUUUCGCAUUCGGGGGUGCCGGUGCGUUUGGGCCCCCCGCUGGCGCCGCCUCGGGGAUCUUCACCUUUGGUGGCGGACCAAAUCCCGCCGCCCCGGCAACUCCCCAACCCCCAGCUCCCGGCGGGGGCUUCAACUUUGCUGCGAGCCCCGCCUUCAACAUAGGGUCAGUUAAGAGUGCUGGCACGCCCGCUCCACAACACGGCAUCGCUGGGCGCAAGAUCAAAACGGCCGUGAGGCGCAGGAAGUAGGCCAACGGGGCCUCCUGCGGGAGCGGAGAGCGCCACCUGCUGGACAGCUAGUGCAGUGCUGCCAGGAGGAGAAGGCCAGUGGUGCAGGGCGUGAGGAGAGACAGUGACCUCUGAGUGGCUUCUGGGUCAGGAAGCGGGAGGAGGAGCAUCAGCACGGGACUGGAAUAAAUAAAUCAAUAAAUAAACACAAACAGACUUAACUUGACGCUUAUGAAAAAGAAAGAAAAAACUGAUGUAGAGCAAAAAGCGAAAUAAUAUUAAAAACAAAAUGUCAACAAUCAAGCCACAAACCUCUGCUACAUGUGAAAAGGCUCUAUUUUUACCAUCUGCCGAUGUAAGCAAGGACUUGAGCAUGACUUUUUGUAAGGCAUUGAGGGAUGGGGGCGGGGGAGAUCUAAACA